AUGGCUUGCCGAGGUGGUUGCUGCAGCCACGGCAUCGGUCCCCUGAAUGAAGAUAAUGCCAGAUUUCUCAUGCUGGCUUUGUUGAUCAUCAUCUACCUGUUAUGUGGUGCAGCGGUGUUUUCAGCCCUUGAGCAUCCGAAGGAGAAGCUCGCCAAAGAGAGAUGGGCUCAGAGGAUCGAGCAGUUCGCCCAGAAGUACAACCUGAGUCAAGACGACCUGAAGAACUUUCUGAGGAACUAUGAGGAGGCCAAUGUGGCCGGAAUUCGUGUGGACGCAACCAGACCUCGAUGGGAUUUUACAGGGGCUUUUUAUUUUGUCGGAACGGUGGUUUCAACCAUAGGUUUUGGGAUGACAACACCUGUUACUAUCACAGGCAAGAUAUUCCUGAUCUUUUAUGGGCUCAUUGGUUGUGCUGCCACCAUUUUGUUCUUUAACCUCUUCCUGGAACGCGUUAUCACCGUGAUUGCAUUCGUUUUGAAGUUCUGCCAUGAGCGUAGAGAACAGCGCAUAGCCGCGUCACCUCAAAACCACAGCCGCCCCUCUACCAGCUACAGAGAGCGCCGCACAGACAGCUUGGCAGGCUGGAAGCCUUCGGUGUACUGUGUGAUGUUCAUUCUAGGAGUCGCUGCCAUCUUGGUCUCUUGCUGCGCAUCUGCAUUGUAUUCUGCAGCAGAAGGUUGGGACUACCUGGACUCCCUCUAUUUCUGUUUUGUGGCUUUCAGCACCAUCGGCUUUGGGGAUAUGGUGAGCAACCAGCGUGAGAUGUACGAGGCUCAGGCGGCCUAUAGGGUGGGAAACUUCCUUUUCAUUCUAACAGGGGUGUGUUGCAUCUACUCGCUGUUCAACGUAAUUUCCAUCGUUAUCAAGCAAGUUCUCAACUGGCUUCUGCAGACACUAGAGACUCCUUGCUGUUGCCCAGGCCAAGGGAACCGCCAUUCACGGAGGAAUGUGGUAGCGCCUGGACACUUGAGAACCCGUCGGGACAAUUCCAUUGAGACUGACGCAGUCAAUGAUAGCGAGGCGGAUGGACGCCGAAUGUCUGGAGAGAUGAUCUCAAUGAAGGACUUUCUAGCUGCUAAUAAAGUUAAUCUAGCCAUGAUGCAGAAGCAGCUGUCAGAGAUGGCCAAUGGGCAUCCUCGCCAAUUAGGGUCCAGCUCACGCCACAAUGAGUUCUCUGAAGGGGUUGGUGCGCUGGGAAUAAUGAACAACCGAUUGGCAGAGACGAGUGUGGAUAGAUAA